AUGGACAUCGUGUCCAAGCGAUACAAACAGCUGUCUUACGAAUAUCACUCCGUCACUCGGAAAGAUGAUCAGAAGGAAGACAAUGACAACUCAGAUGCCGCCAGCUGCCGAGUUUGUCUGGAGAAAUAUGGCGAUGAGUGGAAGACCUCCAAAUGGGUGAUGAAAGGAUGCGGACAUUCUGCCUGUGGAAACUGCCUAGACCGAAUUCUCGCGGACGCCCACUAUGGCCAGUGUCCUCAUUGCCGAAAAUCCUUCACGAUCCAAGACAUGAUCAGAAUCCACGAAUAA